AUAAGGAAAGAAUAAGAUCUGUGGGUGGGUAUAUGGAAGAGAUUUUGCAGGGAGAUAGUGUAAUGCCAAUAUGUGCCUGUCCCUGCUGUAGGCUGUCCCUGGGAUAUGAUGUGAGUGUAAUCAGGCAGCUCUGCUUUUAUCUCUCACUUCUGAUCUUCAGGAGUUCGGGCCUCAUCCCUGCGCCUUUGUGUGUAACUGUACGGGGGACCCCAGUGAAUUGCUGCCAGCCAUUGAUAUUAAUACAGCUGGAGCCGAGGGAUCCUGUGCCAGAUCCACAUCACUGAUCAGCAGCCAGGACCUAGAGCAGCAGCAGCAGCCAAUGAUCGCGGCUUAUCAGCGGGAGGAGGAAAGCGCAGGCUGAGCCGGAAAGUUGACUGGAGGCGGCAGAGUUAGCAGAAAAGUCCCUCAGCUUUAAACUAGAAGAGGAGGCGGCGAGUUUUGUCUCCACGUGGGUUUCAGUUGGGGUUUGAGAUGGAUGAGGAUUCCCUCUGGUGCUUCUCUCUGCUCACUGUAUAAAGCGCAUUGGAAGCGCAGGAAUCAGCGCCACUUAACAGGGCAGAGACCCCCCUUGGGAAGAGACACGUUACCCUCCUGAGAAGUAAAAGGCGCAGCAAAGUUGUCCCAGCGCCAGACACGUUCAGCACCGAGGAGAGCGCUCUAUAUCCCCGCGCAGGGCAGCGCUCGCUUCAGCACCACGGACAGCUCCCCACCCGCGGCAUCUCCGCUUUCUGCUUCUCGCUGGUGCCCCGAAAGGCUUCAAGAUUCCGUCGAAAAGCAGACAGGAGGAGCGGCCCCCCGCGCUGAGCCGGCUGGUGGCCAGGAAGAGGCUGGUGGCGGCGGGGGCGCUGGGGGUGAUUAUGGUGCUGGUCUUGGUCAUUCUUAUCCCGGUUCUGGUCAACUCAGCCGGGACUUCGGCGCAUUACGAGAUGUUGGGCACUUGUCGCAUGGUCUGCGAUCCGUACGGCACCAAAGCCCCCAGCACUGCCACUGCGGAAACGGUGCGGGAUCACAGUCUUCUUCAGUCUCUUCCCACCUUCAUCCAGGGACCCAAGGGGGAACCGGGGCGGCCGGGAAAGGUUGGGCCGAGGGGGCCACCGGGGGAACCAGGACCUCCAGGACCAAUGGGACCACCGGGGGAAAAAGGGGAGCCGGGUAGAACUGGACUUCCAGGUCCCGCCGGGACUCCAGGGCUGAACGCUGCUGGGGCAAUUAGCGCCGCCACUUACAGCACCGUGCCCAAGAUCGCCUUCUACGCCGGACUCAAGCGCCAGCACGAGGGGUACGAGCUGCUCAAGUUUGACGACGUGGUCACCAACCUGGGCAAUCACUAUGAUCCGACCACCGGCAAGUUCACCUGCUCCAUCCCCGGCAUUUACUUCUUCACUUACCACGUCCUGAUGCGCGGGGGGGAUGGGACCAGCAUGUGGGCAGAUCUGUGCAAGAACAACCAGGUGCGUGCAAGUGCCAUUGCCCAAGAUGCAGACCAAAACUAUGACUAUGCCAGCAACAGUGUGGUUCUUCAUCUGGAGCCUGGCGACGAGGUUUAUAUUAAACUAGACGGAGGAAAAGCUCAUGGUGGGAACAACAACAAAUAUAGCACAUUUACUGGAUUUAUCAUCUACGCUGACUGAGGACAUCUCUCCAAAGAACAAAUGACUUUCCCCUGGAGAUUUUCGUUGUGGAUUUCUUGGGUUUUACUCAAUCCAUAAAUACAGAUUAUGGGACAACAGUACCAAUGAAGAUGCUACAAACUUUAAGAUAUAAACUAAAUUAAAUACCUAUAAGUGUUGUACAAGUUCCACAGGUUGUGUCAUGCCCUGCUGCCAAAGCAAGCAUUCUCUGUUUGUGCCUGGGUGAAUUGAAACAAGUACUUUAUAAUACAGAUUUUCUAAACAAAGAAAACAUUCCCUACAUGCAGUAUACUCAAUCAAUAUCCUAUAAUCUCGCUGCUUUAUCCAUGUGUGGAUUUUGUGAGUUGCCUGCCUAUGACAAUGCUUGGAGUUUACUAGUAACGGGGUAAAGACUGAUUUGCUUGGAGUGCAAAGGGGAUGGACUGUAAGCAGUGAUUGGUGCAUCCUAGACAGGGCUCUAUUUGUAAUUGGCCAGUCCUUGUGACUGCCCUGCUGUGGUCCAAUCUAAAAUAUCUGGAUGUAAGCAAAUUAAAGGCUAACCAGAACAGAGAAGUAUUACCUUGAUGGUGUAUUGUAAUUAAACUGUAAGAUAGCAAGGUUCAGAUAAAAAAAAAGUAAUUUAACGUUUCUAUUGACUAUUGAAAAGCAAUGUGCAUUUAUUUUAUAUUUACGCUUGGUUGGAUUUAUUUUUUUGUACCCAUGAUCCUUAGUGUAUUGUAUAUGGAUAAUAGCACAGAUAAUUAAUUCAAUUCAACUGUCUUUUCUUAACUGGAAGAGAGCAAUGCAGGCCAUCAUGUAGCCACACACUUCAAUACAAUGGAGGUACUCUG